GAUGGCAUACGUUUGACCUUCCGAGUUCUUUAGAUACAAGAAAUUCCGAAAGAAUCUUAUAUACUUUUUUCCUUCUUGAUUUUCAAAUCACUCCCUUGUGCAUUUGCAAAAUUCUCGAAUCUUCAAAAAAGAUCGUCUUUCUUUUUCGAGUUCAACCCAAAACGCUUCCUUCACAGACAGUCCACAUGGUUCAGACUUGAACUCCGAAAGGUUGAGAUGAAUUGCCCCAGUAGCUACCAUCCAUCUCCUUCUACUCAUCAUUGUUGAUCUUCUGUCAUAUCUUUGCCUUUCUCAAUAACAUCUUAUAGACUCUUUUAAACUCUUUGUUGAAUAAGGAUAUUGAGAAAGAGAGAGAGAGAGAGAGAGAGAGAGAAGUUGUGUUUGCCAUUGCACUUUUAUACUUCAAAUUUUGUACUCGCCAUAAUUACCUUAAUUGUUGAUCUAAACAUUGAACCUUAGCUCUGAUCACAUAUCGUGGGGAAAUUCACACUUUUGAGAGAGAGAGAGAAGUUGUGUUUGCCAUUGGACUUUUAUAUUUCAAAUUUUGUACUCGCCAUAAUUACCUUAAUUGUUGAUCUAAACAUUGAACCUUAGCUCUAAUUACAUAUCCUGGGGAAAUUCACACUUUUGAGAGUUUUUUAAUGAGACCAUAAAUAUUGUACAGUGGGAUAACUCAACCAAAAACUUAAAUUUUAUAUGUUUGAGCCAAUUUAUAUUAUAUUUAAGUGUAACGACACUGGAAAAAGCGCUAACCAUAUCUGCGAUAUGAAUCCAAAAGGACUAGUCAAUUUGGACUUGCCGUAGAAUUUAUUAUAAAGCCUAGUUUCACUUAGUAACUAGGCAAUGUGAGACUUAGCACUCAUGACUAUCUUUAUAAACUAUCUAGUCUAUGUGGGCUACUCUUCAUCUUCCUCCUAUGGGAUCGGAGUGUUACAACUAUCAGUCUUGAAUUUGACAUCUAGAAGCUGCAAAUUAGUUGGUUAGAUAUUCCUGGUUACAAGAAUGAGCAAGCUCGAGGCAGAUUUAUAUCUCAUUGUGAUAUUUCAGUGUAGUGGUUUUGAAGGCAAUGUUUGUUGAGACUUGAGUCUGGAGACAAUGGAAACUAAUGGUAGCAAUUCUAGUUCCCAUGAAAAUCGACCUUCGGGAGGAUCAAAUAAUUCUAGCACAGAGAAGCCCAGCGAGAAAGAGAUAUUUGUUAACCAUGCUGAGAUAUCUUGGCAUGAGAGAAGAAAAGAAUGGGUUGGUGACCAGUCUAAAAAAUCACGAAGAGCACGAAGAGAACCGAUUAUGAGCUGGACCACUACUUACGAAGAUUUGCUUUUAUCUACUGAACCUUUUCAGCAGCCAAUUCCCUUAGCGGAGAUGGUUGAUUUUUUAGUUGACACCUGGAAUGAAGAAGGCCUGUAUGACUAGCUAAUUGGAAUUGUCUAGUGGUCCGAAGAAUUUUGCACAGUUUUGUUUGUGCAGAUUGAUGAUGAAGCAGCCGUAGGUUAUAAGAAUUUAGAGUUUUCUUUGUAGAAGUCAUUGCACAGGAAAUUUGGGUUAAGAGUUCAGAGACAUCUAGAGGACUGCUAAUCUUAUCCCCAGCUAAGCAUUUGUGUAUUUUAACUAACCAGUUUUAGAGUAAGGUUGCUUCAGAUUUUGGGCAAAUUUACUUCUUGCUCCAUGUGAAAUUCUGUCCUGCAAUUGUAAUUGGAGGUGUCGAGAUUAUUCAUUUA